UUUAGUAAUGUUAAUGGUAAAGGAGGUCCCCGCCACCUCCUCUUCAGCUGCACGAAGCCCUAAAGAUGAGCUCUUUGUUCCUGCAGCCCCCAAUCGCUUUUUGCUCUCCCUCCUCCCCUCCCCGCUUCUUUCGUGCUUCCAGCGCGGGAUGCUCCUGGCUCCAGGGCCACAUUCACACCGAGGGCAGCAGCUGGCCGGCUCCUGCGGAGAUGUACAUCCCAUUCAGGAUCAACUCGAGAAAAGGAGGAUUAACCCUCCAGUCAUCUAUACAGUCCUUCCUGGUAGACUGGAAAAUUCAGUAAAUGAAAUCUCAAGGCACAUAAGUAGCCAGUGAAGAGACCACAGCCUUACACUGAAGGCACCAUGCAAGUCCUUCUCCUCCUCCUUGCAGCUGCAGGGCUUUGUUGGGGGCAGUACAACCCCAACACUUUCCCUAAGAGAACCUCUAUUGUGCAUCUCUUUGAAUGGCGCUGGCAGGAUAUUGCUCAGGAGUGUGAACGCUACUUAGCUCCUAAUGGAUUUGGAGGAGUUCAGGUUUCACCUCCAAAUGAAAAUAUUGUCAUUACUAGCCCGAACAGACCCUGGUGGGAAAGAUACCAGCCCAUCAGCUACAAGAUCUGCUCUCGAUCAGGAAAUGAACAGGAAUUCAGAGACAUGGUGACCAGAUGCAACAAUGUUGGAGUCCGUAUCUAUGUGGAUGCUGUUGUCAACCAUAUGUGUGGGGCUGCAGGUGGCUCAGGCACACAUUCUACCUGUGGAAGCUAUUUUAAUACUGGAAAGGAAGAUUUUCCGGCUGUGCCAUACUCUGGCUGGGAUUUCAAUGAUGGCAAAUGUCACACUGGAAGUGGAGAAAUUGAAAAUUAUGGUGAUGCCAAUCAGGUCCGGAACUGCCGCUUGAGCGGCCUUCUGGAUCUGGCCCUGGAUAAGGACUACGUGCGCUCAAAGAUUGCGGAGUACAUGAACAAUCUCAUUGACAUGGGUGUAGCAGGAUUCCGACUUGAUGCUGCCAAGCACAUGUGGCCUGGGGACAUAAAAGCAUUUCUGGACAAGCUGCAUGAUCUAAACACUCAAUGGUUUUCUGCAGGAACUAGACCUUUCAUUUAUCAGGAGGUAAUUGACUUGGGUGGAGAGCCCAUCACAGGCAGCCAGUACUUUGAAAAUGGCCGAGUGACAGAAUUCAAGUACGGUGCCAAACUGGGGACAGUGCUCCGCAAGUGGAACGGAGAAAAGAUGGCCUACUUAAAGAACUGGGGAGAAGGCUGGGGUUUUGUGCCUUCCGACAGAGCUCUGGUCUUUGUGGAUAAUCACGACAACCAGAGAGGACACGGGGCUGGUGGAGCUUCUAUUCUAACCUUCUGGGAUGCCAGGCUCUAUAAAAUGGCAGUCGGUUUCAUGCUUGCCCAUCCAUAUGGGUUCACACGUGUGAUGUCAAGUUUUCGCUGGCCAAGAUAUUUUGAAAAUGGAAAGGACGUCAAUGACUGGUAUGGACCCCCAAGUAACGCAGAUGGCUCCACUAAGGCCGUCACAAUCAACGCAGACACGACCUGUGGCAACGACUGGGUUUGUGAACAUCGCUGGCGUCAAAUCAGGAACAUGGUUAUCUUCCGUAACGUGGUGGAUGGUGAGCCUUUCUCCAACUGGUGGGACAAUGACAGCAAUCAAGUGGCUUUUGGCCGUGGCAAUAAAGGUUUCAUCAUCUUCAAUAACGACAACUGGAAUAUGAAUGUCAAUGUGCAAACUGGACUGCCUUCUGGUACCUACUGUGAUGUUAUUUCUGGACAAAAGGAGAACAACAAAUGUACUGGAAAGCAGGUGUUUGUUUCUGAUGAUGGAAAGGCUAAUUUCCAGAUUAAUACUGAUGCUGAAGAUCCAUUUAUUGCAAUUCACGUUGAUGCCAAGUUGUAAUGCGGGAGAAAUCUCCUCCUCUGGUCUGUGUAUUCCUGUUUCCCCCAUAUGUUAUUCCCUGCUUUUUGCGCAUGAGUGACUCUCUAUCAAAUAAUAAAUGGCAUUCAA